AUGGCGGUCGCAGUGAGAACUUUGCAGGAGCAGCUAGAAAAGGCCAAAGAGAGCCUAAAGAAUGUGGAUGAGAAUAUUCGCAAGCUCACCGGGCGGGAUCCGAAUGACGUGAGGCCCAUCCAAGCCAGAUUGCUCGCCCUUUCUGGUCCUGGUGGAGGUAGAGGACGUGGUAGUUUAUUGCUGAGGCGUGGAUUCUCAGAUAGUGGAGGAGGACCCCCAGCCAAACAGAGAGACCUUGAAGGGGCAGUCAGUAGGCUGGGAGGGGAGCGUCGGACUCGACGAGAAUCACGCCAAGAAAGCGACCCAGAGGACGAUGAUGUUAAGAAGCCAGCUUUGCAGUCUUCAGUUGUAGCUACCUCCAAAGAGCGUACACGGAGAGACCUUAUCCAGGAUCAAAAUAUGGAUGAAAAGGGAAAGCAAAGGAAUCGGCGAAUAUUUGGCUUGUUGAUGGGCACCCUUCAGAAAUUUAAACAAGAGUCCACUGUUGCUACCGAAAGGCAAAAGAGACGCCAGGAAAUUGAACAAAAACUUGAAGUGCAGGCAGAAGAAGAAAGAAAACAGGUUGAAAAUGAGAGGAGAGAACUGUUUGAAGAGAGACGUGCUAAACAGACAGAACUGCGGCUUUUGGAACAGAAGGUUGAGCUUGCGCAGCUGCAAGAAGAAUGGAAUGAGCAUAAUGCCAAGAUAAUUAAAUAUAUCAGAACUAAAACAAAGCCCCAUUUGUUCUAUAUUCCUGGAAGAAUGUGUCCUGCUACCCAAAAAUUAAUAGAGGAGUCUCAGAGGAAAAUGAAUGCUUUAUUUGAAGGUAGACGCAUCGAAUUUGCAGAACAAAUAAAUAAAAUGGAGGCUAGGCCUAGAAGACAAUCAAUGAAGGAAAAAGAGCAUCAGGUGGUGGUGCGUAAUGAAGAACAGAAGUCGGAACAAGAAGAGGGUAAGGUGGCUCAGCGAGAGGAAGAGUUGGAGGAGACAGGUAAUCAGCACAAUGAUGUAGAAAUAGAGGAAGCAGGAGAGGACGAGGAAAAGGAAAUUGGUAUAGUUCAUAGUGAUGCAGAGAAGGAACAGGAGGAGGAGGAACAAAAACAGGAAAUGGAAGUAAAGAUGGAGGAGGAAACUGAGGUAAGGGAAAGUGAGAAGCAGCAGGAUAGUCAGCCUGAAGAAGUUAUGGAUGUGCUAGAGAUGGUUGAGAGUGUCAAAAAUGUAAUUGCUGAGCAGGAGGUAAUGGAAAUCAAUCAAGUUGAAAGCAUAGAACCUUCAGAAAAUGAAACUAGCAAAGAAUUGGAGCCAGAAAUGGAAUUUGAAGUUGAGCCAGAUAAAGAAUGUAAAUCUGUUUCUCCUGCAAAAGAGAAUGUUAGUACUCUAGAAAUGGAAAAUGAGCCUGAGGAAAAAGAAGAAAAAGAAUCUGAGCCCCAACCUGAGCCUAUGGCUCAACCUCAGUCCCUGCCUCAGCCCCAGCCCCAAUCUCAAUCCCAGUCUCAGCCCCAACAAGUACUCCAGCCCCAGCCUCUCUCUCAGCCUGAGACUUUGCCGUUGGCUGUUUCACAGCCACCACCUCAGGUUAUUCAGGAGCAAGGGCAUUUACCACCUGAGAGGAAGGAGUUUCUUGUAGAAUCUGUAAAACUCACUGAGGUGACAGAGCCAGUGCUGAUGGUACAUUCAGAGAGCAAGAACAAAACUAAAACGAGGAGCAGAAGUAGAGGUCGAGCUAGAAAUAAAACAAGCAAGAGCAGAAGUCGAAGCAGUAGCAGCAGCAGCUCUAGUAGCAGUUCAACCAGUAGCAGCAGUGGAAGCAGUUCCAGCAGUGGCAGUAGCAGUAGUCGAAGUAGUUCCAGCAGCAGCUCCAGUACAAGUGGCAGCAGCAGUCGAGACAGUAGCAGCAGCACGACUAGCAGUAGUGAGAGUAGGAGUCGGAGUCGGGGCCGGGGGCAUAACCGAGAUAGAAAGCACAGGAGGAGCGUGGAUCGGAAGCGGAGGGAUGCUGCAGGACUAGAGAGAAGUCACAAGUCUUCCAAAGGAGGUAGUGGUAGAGAUGCAAAAGGAUCGAAGGAUAAGAAUUCCCGGUCUGACAGAAAGAGGUCUAUGUCAGAGAGUAGUCGAUCAGGCAAAAGAUCUUCAAGAAGUGAAAGAGACCGAAAAUCAGACAGGAAAGACAAGAGGCGUUAAUGGAAGAAGCCAGGCUUGCUUAGCCUAUUCUUUGCAGCAGAAGAUUUCUUGAUGAGUUAAAAGGAUUACCUUUCCUUGUAAGGAGAAUGCUGCCUUAAGAAUUGCAUGUUGUAAAAAAUUUUUUGGAAAAUACAGACUGUUUGUUUACCAGACAUUCUUGUACUUUUGCAUAAUUUUGUAAGAGUUAUUUAUCAAAAUUAUGUGAGGUUCCAAAAUAUGUAAAAACAAUAAUAAUAAAAAAAG